AAAAUCCAAAAGUGGAAACUUGGCGGCCCUGCCAUGAGCUAACGUCUCAAACAUUUAUUAUUAUUUUGAAUUUAGAUUUGGAAUUAUAGGUAUUGAAUUAUUAAAUUUCUAAAAUAGUAGUCCAUGCUAUUAUUAUUCAAUCUUUUUAUUAAAGCAACAUAAGUGCAGCCAAUUGAAAUUCAGUAAUUCGCGAAUUAAUUUUGUCUUACUCGUGUAAAACGAUUGAAAAAUAAUUUAACCAAUAACCUGUUAGUACAGACUUUGAAUCAGGUCUAGAAAGUUGCUGCUAUAGUUUAGUAUUACGGCUUCAUUAUGACUUCUAGUUCGUAUAGCUCAGCACACCCAAUCGAUAUUAUUGCCAUAAAGGACAUUUAUCCAGGACUUAAAAAUGUUAACGUCAUAUUUAUUGUACUGGAGAUUGGACCUGUUACGUUGACAAAGGAAAACCGAGAAGUUCGGACCUUCAAAGUAGCAGACCAAAGUGCGGCUAUUAAUGUGUCAAUAUGGGAUGAACCAGGCAAGUUGUUGAUGCCGGGAGAUAUUGUUAGGCUGACUAAGGGAUAUGCAGCAGUUUGGCGCCAGUGUUUGACACUGUACUCUGGUAAGAACGGCGAAAUUCAUCGGUUGGGCGAUUUUUGUUUUACCUUCAAUGAAAUGAUCAACAUGAGUGAACCCAAUCCAAACUUGAUUACGAGUAACCAGCCGCUUCAUGGCAAUGGGGCUGCCGGAGGGGGUAAUGCAGCCGGCAAAUCCAAUCGACAGCAGUCGGCACAGAGUGAAUCAAGCCCAGGUCCAUCGCAGAUGCCCGCUAGUGGAUCUACUGCGGCAAAAACUUCCCAGCAAGGUGGACGAUAUUCCGCUGCUGGAUCUGAGCAAAGCAAAUCUUCCCCCAAGAACACCCCACGUACUGGGCGGAGCGGCCAAGCGAAAGGUGCUGCUGCAAAAAGUGAAAGGAGAUAAUAAUUAUUGGAGUAGUAUAAGAAAAAUGUCAAAUACGCUCAAAAUGUGUUUCACAGUUUCAAAAGUUUUCCUUUAGAAUCUUUGAUUUCUUGUUUCACAUACAGUUUGGCCUGGUUGUAAGCUCGUAGUUGUUACUUUUCUCCAAAUUUUCGAUAUUUCUAUGAUUUCUGUGCAAUGUAGGGGGCCUUAAUUUUAACAUUUCAGAUUGACCCUAGUUUAAAGGUUAUAUUCACCUGUUGCUCGUUGAAUAUAAAUACAGUGAAGUUCUAAAUUCCACCAACUUAAAAUCUUGCAAUGAUACCGACAUUUGUAAUUUUACUAGUGUUACCGAGAACCUAGUAGUGAAAACUGUUUUUCAUGUCAAGGAAAAAAAACAUUACAUUUUUAACAAAUGAAAAGAUUUAAUCUUACUAUGAAGCAAGGCUUCAAUCAAUUUGAAUUUUUUACUGACUUACGAUUAUGGGCAGUAUAGGCUUUUUAUUAGUAGUCUGUAUUUGUUUUUGUUUGAAAUAGCCUGAUUUUUAAUUUAUGUGCAUUGUUAUUCACGAAAAGACCGUCAUAACCGUAGUUAUGCUAUUCAAAAAGUGAGUCACUUAUAAAUUCCCUCAAUGAUAUGACAUCCACUGGAAUGAGUACUACCUGCUGACAGUUUACCUUUUAAUUUGUCUAGUAGAUUUGCCAUUGGUAGCGUAAUGGAGCUCAGCACUGCUUUAGGGUCCAAUUUGGACACUAUUUAUUUAAUACUUCAACGGAAAAAUUCACAAAGAAACCUUUUCAAACACGUAAAAUGCAUAAUUUAACCAUUAGCAAAAUUAUUAGAUUAUUAAAAUACCCUACUACCAUUAAAUCUGGUAUUUUAAUCCUAUUGGAAAAUUUAUCCAUUAAAUAUUUUGCAUAAUGGUUAGGUUUAAGCCUUUUGAAGCGAUUAGAGAUGAACUAGCGAUAUUGAGACUUCAAAACGACUUAAACAAUGUAAUUGCUCGCAAUAAACUAAAGGAAUUAUGCAGGAGUUCAAAUCAGGUCGGUUACUCUACAUCGUAUUGUACUGGUAGAAAGUCGUAAAGGGAGCGUCCGAUGAAAACCUCAAAACUUUUCAAAGCCAAUUUAGAUAAAACCUAUAUAAAUCUGUAUUGUGGUUUUGAAAUCCGUAAUAAAGCUAUAUUCUGCAUCA